AUGUGUAGUUUGUCGGCGAAUCUGUUGCUACCAACAAAGCUGAAACCAGCUUAUUCAGACAGAAACUCACUCUUUGUCUCCACUAGAAGAUCCAAGAGGAAGAAUCAAUCGAUUGUUCCUAUGGCAAGAUUGUUUGGACCGGCGAUAUUCGAAUCGUCGAAAUUGAAAGUAUUGUUUUUAGGGGUUGAUGAGAAGAAGCAUCCAUCAACACUUCCAAGAACUUACACUCUUACUCACAGUGACAUUACAGCUAAAUUGACUCUAGCUAUUUCUCAUUCCAUAAACAAUUCUCAGUUGCAAGGAUGGGCGAAUAGGUUAUACCGAGAUGAAGUUGUGGCAGAAUGGAAGAAAGUGAAAGGGAAAAUGUCGCUUCACGUUCAUUGUCACAUAAGCGGUGGUCAUUUUCUUUUAGAUCUCUUUGCAAAGUUUCGAUACUACAUCUUUUGCAAAGAACUACCAGUGUUGCAAGAAGCUCUUGUUUGGGUUUAUUUCCACUCUAACGUUGAUGAGUUCAACAGAGUCGAAUGUUGGGGUCCGCUUUGGGAAGCUACUUCGCCUGAUGGUUACAAGACUCGAACCCUUCCCGAGGCUCGGUGCGCGGACGAAUGCAGCUGUUGUUUCCCAGCGGUUAGCUCGAUUCCAUGGUCUCAUAGUCUGAGUAAUGAAGCUGUUAAUGAUUACUCUGGGACUCAGCCUGAAGGAAUUCCUACUCCUAAUCCGGAGAAACUCUAG